GAACGACUGACUCCAGAGUAUUGAGCUGGUGAACUUUCAGUACUCAGAGCAGCCUGAGCGGGGAGUUAAAGUACAAUCCUUAAUAAACACAGCACUUUACGCAGUCCAGUCAACUCUCCCUCACAUACACACACUCUCUCUCUCUCUCUCUCUCACACACACACACACGGCAGGCGUGAACAGGUGGGCUCUCACAGCACAGUGUUACCCAUGGACGUGUUAUGAGGAUCAGCGCGCGCUGGAGGAGUCUCUGUGGAUAUGUGUUUUUCAUGGCUGAGGCUUUGUGAGCUCCAGGAGCCGGCUACACUGUAACUCCGCGCGUUUGUUCCCCCUCUCCUGUUGUUCUGCCUGUGAAUAUGAAAGUGACGGUGUGUUUCGGUAGGACCCGGGUGGUCGUGCCGUGCGGAGACGGCAACAUUAAAGUCCGGAGCCUUAUCCAGCAGGCCAUCAUGAGAUACAGGAAAGCCAUAGCUAAGGACCCAGCCUAUUGGAUCCAGGUUCACCGGUUGGAGCACGGCGAUGGAGGCAUCCUGGAUUUAGAUGAUGUGUUAUGUGACGUUGCUGAUGACAAAGACAGGCUGGUGGCGGUGUAUGAUGAGCAGGACCCUCAUCACGGAGGAGACGGCACGAGCGCCAGCUCUACGGGCAGCCAGAGUCCGGACGUGUUCAUCAGGGGAGAGCUCAGCUCCGGCACACCAUCUGCCUUCCAGCCGUACCAGAACAGCAGCGAGAUCGAGGUCACGCCAUUGGCCCUGCGCACCAACAUGCAUCUGCAAGUGAGGCGCAGUAGUGAUCCGGCUCUUGUGGGUCUGCCAGAGACUCCGCUCCAACCAGAAGAGCCGUCCAGGAAGAACCCGACACGCUGGUCCACCACGGCUGGGUUCCUCAAACCCAACGUCACCAGUGGAACCAACAGCUUGGAGCGCAAGGUUAAGGGACCGGCUGGGUACCGCAGUCUUCCUCGUGACACGGCAGCAUGGGCCAACCAGUUCCACAGAGAGGGUGCACGCUCAUCACUCAGUGCCAACCAUCCCAUGGUGGACCGCUGGCUUGAGCGGCAGGAACAGGAUGAAGAGGAAGAAGAGAGGAGGAGAGACGAAGGCAAGAAUGGACGGAUAGAACCGGUGGGCCGAGCGGACUCGAUCUCUCUAGAUGACCUGCUCAAACCGGUGGAAGUGUCGAAUGGCGGCGGGCCGCUGGGAAUCCACGUAGUGCCGUUCAGCUCCAGAGACAGAAGGACUCUGGGGCUGCUGGUGAAGAGGCUGGAGAGAGGAGGAAAGGCCGAGCGUGAGGCCCUCUUUCAGGAAAACGACUGCAUCGUGCGCAUCAAUAACGACGACCUGCGCAACAUCCGAUUUGAACAAGCACAGGACUUAUUCAGGCAGGCCAUGCGUACCCCAUUCAUCCUGUUCCAUGUGGUUCCAGCAGUGAGGAAAGUACAGUAUGAACAGUUCUCCCAGAGUGAGCUCGGUGUUCAGCCGGGCCCUGGAGUUCCUGGCCCUGGAGUUCCUUGUCCUGUUCCCAAACAGCUGCCCGCUGACCCCAAAGCUGGUCCCGGUCUUAGCCGACUAACUGUUGAAUCCAAACCUGGGGAAAGGGGUAGUGUGGUGAUCGGAGGCAUUGAUUACAGUCCUAAAAGAAUGUCCAAGACCCGACCUCCUCCUAACUUUAAUCACCAGACCCCGUCUUCCCAAAUGGAGCAAAACCAGCCUUAUCCUGGAUCAGCACCCAUCAUCAGUCCAUCCAGCAAGAGUACGACCUCCACAGGCUUCACCAAAAAGAUCGGCCGCAAGUUCAACGUCCAGCUCAGAAAAGGUCCUGAGGGACUUGGCUUCAGUAUCACAUCACGCGACGUCCCCAUAGGAGGCUCCGCCCCAAUCUACGUGAAGAACAUCCUUCCUCGUGGAGCAGCCAUCCAAGACGGCCACCUGAAAGCCGGUGACCGGCUGCUGGAGGUGAACGGGGUGGAUCUCAACGGGAAGACUCAGGAGGAGGUGGUGUCUCUUCUCCGCUCCACUCCAAUGGAAGGCACCGUUAGUCUGCUGGUUGUCCGCCAGGAGGACGCCUUCCUGCCUCAUGAAGUGAAAGCGGAGGAUGAUGACUUGGUGCUUACUCCCGAUGGAACGCGGGAGUUCUUGACCUUUGAGAUUCCUCUAAAUGAUUCGGGUUCAGCUGGGUUAGGCGUCAGCGUAAAGGGCAACCGCUCCAAAGAGAACCAUGCCGACCUGGGCAUCUUCGUUAAGUCCAUCAUCAACGGAGGAGCUGCCUGCAAGGAUGGCCGCUUGAGGGUGAACGACCAGUUGGUAGCCGUGAAUGGAGAAUCGCUGCUGGGAAAGACCAACCAGGAAGCAAUGGAGACUCUACGCAAGUCCAUGUCUAUUGAGAGCAAUAAAAGAGGCUUGAUCCAACUCAUCGUGGCCAGGAUGGUGAAUGGGAGGAAUGAGCAGGACGGUGCAAGAAGUCCAUCCGUGUCCGAGGUGUCACUGAACCAAUCUCAUGAUGAUCACGAGCGACGCAUCUCUCACUCUCUCUACCCCGGAGCUGUCGAGGGCUUGGACGACUCGGUCAACACUCGCUCCAUCAUGGGCAGAAUGAUCGGUAACUACCAGCUGUCCCCCACUGUGAACAUGCCUCAGGAUGACACAGUCAUCAUUGAAGAUGAUAGGCCGCCUGUACUUCCUCCUCUACUGUCUGACCAAUCGUCUUCCAGCUCCCAUGACGACAUGGGCUUUGUGAUAGAGCCGCCUGCCUCCUGGGCCAUAGAUGUUCAGAAUCAAGAUGAAAGCGUGCUGAGUCCCGACACGGAUUCCGAUGGUGCGUUUCAGAGGGAGGGCUUUGGCAGGCAGAGCAUGUCGGAGAAAAGGACCAAACAGUACGGAGACGCCACUCAACUCGAAAUCAUCAAGACGCGCAAAUCCAAGAGCAUGGAUUUAGUAGCUGACGAGAUUAACCUCACACCCCACCCAAACAGGACAGAAGGUAACUCCACAAGAGACGUAGGGCCCAAUCUGGGUCUGAAGAAGUCCAGCUCUCUGGAGAGUCUCCAGACGGCCGUGGCGGAGGUGACGCUCAACGGGGACGUCCCCUUCCACAGGCCUCGUCCCAGAAUCAUCCGUGGACGUGGUUGCAACGAGAGCUUCCGUGCGGCUAUCGACAAAUCCUACGACAGACCCGGUAUGAACGUGGUGUGCGAUGAAGAGGACGACGAAGGCAUGGAGACGCUGGAGGAGGACACGGAGGAAAGCUCACGCUCCGGCCGUGACUCGGUCUCCACGGCAAAUGACGUGGCCUUACCUGCAGGAGCGGCUUUCCAGGACGGCCAGAUGAACGGCGGACGGCCCAAAGACGAGCGGAAGAAAGAGAAAGGAGGGAAGGAAAAGAAGGAAAAGAGCAAAGCCAAGAAAAGCGUGCUGAAGGGCCUGGGCGACAUGUUCAGGUUUGGCAAACACCGCAAAGACGAGAGAACAGGGGACAAGAUGGAGCGCAAAGGCUCGAGCAAGAACAAAAUGGAUGACAUGCAGGCCACAGAGGAGGAGAUGCAGAGGAUGCGUUUGGAGAGAGAGAGGAUCCAGGCCAAGAAAAGGGAGCUGCGGGAGCGACAGGCCAGGGAGAGAGACUAUGCCGAGAUUCAAGACGUGACCCGAGCUUUCAGCUCUGAUGAGGAACACACCUACGCAGGCAUCGGCUCACUCGACUCGUCCAUGGACAGCAGCCAGAGCCUGAACCAGGACCAGAGGCCACACAGUCCCAGAGAUCAGGGCCUAGAGAGUCUCUACGCCCAAGUCAACAAGCCACGCAACGGAGGACCACUAUCUUCGGACAGCAACAGACUGGCACCUAGCAACCAUGACCGGAUACAGCGGCUGAGGCAGGAGUUCCAGCAGGCCAAGCAGGAGGAGGAGCCUGACGACCGGCGCCGUACUUACAGCCUCCAGCAGCAGCCAUGGGCGAAUGCUGGGGGUUACAGUCAGACAGGACGGCAUUCGGUUUCUGUAGAUGUUCAGAUGCAGAAACAGAAAAAAGAUGACCGAGAUGCCUUUACACAAUCACAGAGACAGUACAACUCCUUACCACGGCAACCACGUAAGAACCCCAGCACCGUGUCUCAGGACUCAUGGGAUAAGGUCUACCCCCCUGGCGAGGUGUUCCAAUUAGCUAAAGAGAACCCACGCUACUCAAGCUACCAGGGCAGCCGUGGUGCUAAUGGUUACCUGAGUGGUCCAGCGUUGGGGCUGAACGCGCGUGUGCUGCUGGAGACACAGGAGCUGCUCAGGCAGGAACAGAGGCGCAAAGAGCAGGAGGCACAGGCCAAGCUCAGUCCACAAAACGACUCACUGGCCCUGUCCUCAACCUCCAAAGGGCCCUACCGGCAGGACGUGCCACCCUCGCCCUCCCAGCUCGCUCGCCUUAACCGACUUCAAAGCCCUGAAAAGGGCCGUCCGUUCUACUCCUGAAGGGAAGAGUGGGAUUGGAGCAGAGGAGUGGGGGACACAUUAUGAACUUUUCAGAAAACAUAGGGAUUUUGGUUGUUGACUUUUUUUUUUUUUUUUUUUUUUUAUAAACGUCAUGCACAUUUUUUAAUACACAAUUAUGGUCCAGCCAUCCAACAUAUCCACAUGGUAUGUGUGUGAAUGUAUUUGAACGCGUGUCCUAACAUUGAUUAGCAUCCUUGCCAGUCCUGACAAUCAGAAAACAGCUACCAGGUUUGUAUUCCUAUAGCGUUGUGACCUACAUAACUCAUUUCACCUGCCACCAAUUGGUCACCGAGUGUUGAGGAAAGCAGCGAGUAUGCAUGAGCUCUGAAUAGGCAGAAAUAUUUGAAUAUAUAUUUUUAUCUGAAUACAUAUACAUACAUGGGUGACAUUCAAUUAAAACCCAACAUACUGUGUGUUAAGUAAGGUGUUGGGCCACCAAGAGCCACUGGAACAACCUCAACACUCCUCAACCUUGGCAUCAGUUCUACAUGUCUCUGGAGCUCUACUGGACCGAUGAACACUGUUCUUCCAAAAGAUAUUUCCACACUGUCUAGUGUCACUUCAAAAAUCUCCCAUAGGUGUUCAGGUGGGUUGAGAUCUAGUGACCGACAACUUCUGCAUCAAACCAUUCAAGUGGGCCCUCGUGCCCUGUAGAUGAUGUCAAGGUCACCCUGGAAGAGACCACUCAAAAUGUCCCCACAACACAACAGAUACAUCAGAUUUUCAUUCAUCGCCCAUCUGUAUGUUUCCGAGAGGAAAAGAGAUUGAGAGAAAGAGAGAGACAGUGAGAGAUUGAGACCAAGCCUAGACGGUUUGUAAAACCGCAGUAAUUUCACUCAUCCUGUGACAUCUUAUUUCUCUGUCCAUCCUUCACACUCUGUCCACCAGUCUGCUCGUAAAGCUUGAGAUUCUCUAAUACGGUGCAUACUGGUUUCUUGGGAAACCAGUCUAUUCUAUUGUGUGGUUGGUGCUUCGUGUCUCUUGGCCAGUCAGUGGUCACACAGGUAGUCUGAGGUGUCUGGUGAACGUGUCAUCACAUACACGCUCCCUGUACCAUGCUCAGGCCAGUACGCUGAUCUUUACAGCCGGAUUUCCGCGCAUCGUUUCCUCCACCAGCCAUCUGUUAAUCACUGUAAUCCACGAUGUGAUUUAUUUUAUAAAAAAUUCCCGAAGCCGUCUGUGUGCAUUAUGCUGGGUGAUAUGACCAUACGCUAAUUGAGAAUAGUGGGCAUCGUCAGUAGUUAAUAACGGCCUGAAGUACCAGAUUGAUGGUUGCUUUAUUUAAAAUAAAUAAACGGAUUAUUUUUGUAAAAUUUCUUAUAAAAAGUAAUAAUGAACUUAUAGACGCCGCUGAUACCGGAUAUAUAAUGACAUUUAUAAAUGACGAUUGCAUUCGACUUACCUCGGAGGUGGGAAGUAAUAAAUAGCAAUAAAUAAUAUCUGGAUAGGUAUGCGUGUGUAAAUACAUCCAAGAUACUAUUAAGAGAUUUAAAUAAAAUCUAAUCAUUUUAAGCUACAUUUGACAACCAACCCUUCCUAAUUACAUGACGUCAGCACUCCCGUGACUGCUGUCGGUGAUUAAAAAUAUUAGAUUUGAUAUCUUUUGCAUUAAAUUACUGAAAACAAAUUGGGGAAGUUGGAGAAGCACAGGAGUUUAUUUGAAUAUUAUAUCCGAUACAGAUACUGGCUAAUCAUGGGCACUUUUGACUGCGUGAGGUUCAAAUCUUAUCCGAUUCAGAUACACGUAUUGUUGCUCGUAAAAACAUCAUGUAUUGUGGCUAUGGUAUUUUUUGCCAUUUCAUCCACACCUAUUGAACUGAACACCAGCAGCUUGAAGGCUCUCUCUCCUCCUCUCUCAUUUUCUCUCUGUCCCUCAAGAGCAAAACUAAAAAGUACGAAACAACGAUGCACAUCUUCCCGUUGUUGACUAACUGGUACGUUGCAGUGUGUGUUUGGUCCUGUGAGCUCGAAUGGGUGGGAAAUGAACUUUUCAGAGCAGCAGCAGGGGUAUUUUUGGCUGCAUUAUUUCACGUUUUGUAUUGUAUGCAUUGAAUUAAAGGAGAAUUUGUUGGCGAUGGUAAUGUUUAAGUGCCUGUUAUAGGAGGGAUAUUUUGUACUACAAAAGAUGUCAUGGAAAGCACAUAUUUUAGCAAUUAUUCUACUAUUUUUGUGUGUAAUAUCUUUCCACCACAAAACAUUUUUAGAUCUUCAAAAGAAAAGAAAAAAAAAAACAGUAACAGUAUUUUUUUUUUUUGCAUUGUCUAUAUUCUCCCGAGGUAACAUGGUGUCCAUGGUGUAACAUGUAAGCACAGUGCAAUUCCAUUUUUUGACUAGUCUUUAUACAUAAUGUAUGAAAUUGUACACAGCUUUCUCUGUACAUAUCAAAUUUAGACAAAAUAAACCAGAAGGCUGUUUUUUUUCCCUCUUGUUUACAUUACACAA